GGUAUGAGAUAGAAAUACCAUAAAGGUGAGGGGCAAAUGUGAAAAUAGCGACUGGAAAAAUCGCGCUUCUCUCCGUUAAAUUAGGGUUCUUAUAUUCGACUCGAACGCACAAAUAAUCUCAUUCACUCUCUUCAGCCCAGUUUUUAUGCAAACAAAUAUGAAGGAUUCAAAUAUUUGAAGCUUUUGGACAACUUGCAGACAGGAAGAGAGGAUAUAAUUUUGAUGAUCAGGCUCUGUGCUUUUUGUUAAGUCCAUAGCAGGCUAGUAUAGUUUGUUCUCAGUGAUCAGACAGUAGAAAGUAAUUUAUUUAUUGUGUUGUAUGCUGAACUGAUCUGCAUUUGUCUUCUGAGAGUUGAGAAGUUUUUGGAGGUGUGGGGAUAGUUUGGUGCCUAAGUAACUGUGGUGUGUUGUGAAAGAUAGCUAAAACGGGGUCCCUUUGUUGUGUGGCUGCAAGGCCACAUGGGUCUAAUGCAGCCAGCCGGGACUGGUCUGUGGGACCACACGAACCUUACUGGAGAACUAACACUAGCUUUUCUCCUCCACCUUCAAGAUGGGACUUACAAUUCCAACCGGAAGGAGUGUCUUUUGGUUCCCAUGAUGGCAUUCAGUUGUAUGGGUCUUCAGCAUCAUCAAAUAGUAGAGGAAGUAGAAGUUGGGUGAGAGGAAACAAUCUGAUGAAUCAUCAGUUUCUUGUAUCUGAUGGCAUUGGUCCCUAUUUAAGUAGUCCAGCUGGCAUAUCUCCUUCGCAGCAAUGGACACCCCCAGCAAUACAAGAAAUUGGCACUGAUGAUUAUGGUGCUUCAGGGAGAGAUGUAACUUGGAGGCCACUAUCCUUUUCUCCCACAAUGGAGGGAACAUCAGCAGCUAGGGAUGGUGGAGGCUCUACAUCGUCCCGAUCAGAUAGUAGUUGUGAUUAUGAGUCCAUGGUCAAGUCACAUACCCUUCAUCGUAACCGUCGCUGCUUUAUGUCUAAAGCUAUUCAUCCUCUGUCCCUUCCAUCAGAAAGGUGCGCUAGAGAGAGUUCCAGUAUUGCAUCUGCUGGGCUGGCUGAGUUUGAUCCUAUGACUCCACAAAGAGACAGACAUCAUUUGAGCAGCACUAGUGGCAGCAUUGAUUUCACUGAAGCACCCGAGACGUUUGAAUGUGAUCAGUCAAACAGGUCUCGGAGCCCUGCAGAUUGUUUCAGAUGCGGGUUAUGUGAGAGGUUCCUUUCACAGAGAUCGCCGUGGAGCUCUCGUAGGAUUGUCAAGAGUGGAGAUAUGCCAGUUGCUGGAGUCCUUUCCUGUCGCCAUGUCUUCCAUGCAGAGUGCUUGGACCAAACAACGCCUAAAGCUUGUAAGAGUGACCCUCCUUGUCCCAUCUGCAUCAAGAUUGAUGAAGGUAACUCCCCAGACCAGAGAUUGUUUUCCAAGCUGAGGAACACCUUCCCCCGGCUCAGACCUUUCUCCGAGGGCGCGCCAUCCAAGCAAUGGGGCUGCGUUCAAGCAGGAGAUUGUGUUGAAGGAGCAUUCCACACCCCCAGUCGAAGCACAUUGCUGUCCCUUAACAGGAACCAGUUGCGGAAAAACCUCUCACUCAAGGGAAAUGCAGGGAGAUUGAGUAAGAGUGGCUCGUUCUCGCCCCAGAUUUUCACAGCAUCAGGUGAACAUGGUUCAGCUGGCUCCUCAAAGACAAUUGGGGGUUCCAGUUUCAAGUAAAGAAAAGUGGAAUUUGUGUAUAGGGAUAGUCAAAGGAUUGGGUUAUGAGUUGUGCCUGCUACUGUUGAUUCUGGGCUCCUUGUGAUGUAUGAUUGGUGUUUGUUGUAUGUUGCCUCUAGCCAUCAUAUUGUUAUUCUAGAAUCCCUUUGUGUUUAAACCCCUUCACCGCAAAUAUAUUCAACUACAUCUACCUUCUGAUUU